AUGGAAGAUGGACUCGACAUGUCAGAGCUCCCCGCAAAGCGCCAUGUCGACCCCGAACCCGUCGAACUGCCAGUCCAGAAUGAAGACUCUCCGGCAGACCAUCAAAGCAAACCGCGGAUUGCAAUUGUGAUGGUCGCGCUCAGUUUUUGCGUUUUUCUAGCUGCUUUAGACAUUACCAUCGUUUCAACGGCCCUUCCAAAAAUGGUAGCAGAGUUCAAAGCCUCCGACAGCGCAUACUCCUGGAUCGCAUCCUCCUAUCUCUUGGCAAAUGCGUCUUGUGUUCCCCUCUGGGGUCGGAUUAGCGAUAUCUGGGGCCGGAAGCUCACCUUGAUGAUCACUGUGGUUCUCUUUCUUGGCGGAAGUCUCAUCUGCGGCGUGGCCGUCAAUGUAGCCAUGGUGGUCGCUGGACGGGCCAUUCAGGGUAUAGGCAGUGGAGGCAUCACGGUUCUCGCCAAUAUCUGCGUCUCGGAUCUGUUCAACGUUCGUCGUCGUUCGGCAUAUUUGGGUAUAUUUGGCGCUACUUGGGCUAUUGCCGGUGCAGUUGGGCCUAUUAUCGGCGGCGCAUUUACUACAUAUACUACCUGGCGAUGGUGUUUUUACAUCAAUUUGCCAGUCGGCGGCCUCGCCUUCCUCGGUCUUCUCUUCUUCCUCAAAAUCGACAUUCGUCUCAAAAGUAUCCUCGAAGGUCUCCGCGCAAUCGACUGGAUCGGUCUCAUUCUGAUUGUCGGUGCUACACUGAUGCUCCUCCUGGGCCUCGAGUUCGGCGGCUCCCAAUACCCCUGGGCCUCUGCUACCGUGAUCUGUCUUAUCAUAUUCGGCAUCGUCACUGCAAUCAUUUUUGGUCUGAACGAAUGGAAGUUCGCGCGCACGCCAAUCAUUCCCGUCGGUAUUUUCAGUAACUGGUACAACUUUACCGUGCUUAUGAUCAACUUCUGUCACGCAACGGUCUUUAUUGGAGGCUGUUUCUAUCUGCCCGUUUACUUCCAAAAUGUUCUUCUCACCACUUCCCUCAUGAGCGGCGUCUACCUUAUGCCGCUGGUCGUGUCGCUAGCGAUUUCCUCCGGUGCAUCAGGAUUCUACAUGCGCAGCACCGGCCGCUCCCGCGAAGCAAUCGUCCUAGGCAUGCUCUUCACCACGCUCGGAUACGGACUCUACAUCGACCUCAAACCAUACACCUCCUGGCCGCGAAUAGUCCUGUAUCAACUCAUCGUCGGCCUCGGAAUCGGUCCAAACUUUCAAGCUACCCUCAUCGCGCUACAGGCCAAUACGAAACCCGCGGAACUGGCCCGUGGAACAGCAACCUUCUCAUUCGUAAGACAACUCGCAGCCUCGGUUUCAGUUGUAGUCGGUUCAGUGGUCUAUGGCCAUGUAGUCAGCACCAAGAUCGAUGUUAUGGCCAAGGUAUUGGGUCAGCAGAUCGCGACGGAGAUUGCGGUUGCGUCGACAGCGGCGGCUGGGAUUAUUGAGUCUUUGCCAGAGGGGGAAAAGAGGGAGGUUGUGUUUGAGACGUUGACGGAUGCGCUGAGCAACGUCUUCCACUCCCCCGUCUGGCCAACCAUAUACCCCCAAAACAAAACCCAGCGCGCAUACGCCCUUUUCGAAGCAUGUGACUACAUGAUGGCGCACCAGAUCGCGUCUGGACUCUCGUACGGGGUCUUCGAUACACAAUACAAAUUCAAACGCGCCGACUCUGCGACUAAAGGAGGGGCGCUGUAUUGGGACGAGACCAAUACAGAAGCGACGGCAGACGAAUUGCUCUCGCAGAUGGACUUCCCCCUUGUAUCGAUCGCGAUGGCGCUGGAUCAAUUUGAUCCGUUCGACGAAACGCGUUUGGGACCGUUGAUUGAGUCGUUACCGUUCUAUGCGGAUCUCAAUCAUGAGUUUGAUAGACUCGAUGCUCGAGAGGCAUCGAGCUGGAAGGCGACUGCGCUGGGUCAAGUGAUGCUGCGGAACGGCACGUCAACGCGAGCGGAUUAUGAGGGGGCAGGCGUGAUGAAGGAAUUGGCUCAUUUUUUAAUGCGUAAAGCGGCUGAGGGUGGGUUUAGGGGGAUUAGUAUUGAGUGUCUUCAUGAUGCGGUUUGUCAUGUCUGGAGGAGUCCGCCGGAGCCAUAUAGAGCGAGGCUGAUCGCGCAGUUUAAUGUUAAUCAGUAUCAGAGGGAAGGAGAGGAUGGGAAGAUGUAUCCGGAUGUGGAUCAGUUGGCUAGUAGGGUUUACGUGGAGUUGAAGUAG